AUGCGAGUCAAGAGGUCAGGAUUGCUCUUUCAAGCAUACGCAGCAAGAUGGCUUCCAUUCGUGAAAACCCUCAGCCACAUCCAUCAAACGCAGAGCGAGGAAUUUGUUCGAGAGAGUUGGCGCAUUGCGAGGAGAAACAUGCUUAAACUUCUCACUCGAGUGACUUACCAAUCAGUGCUGGCUUUAUAUUUGUUUUCAGAAACUCCUAUUCCGAUAGGUAUAUCUGAAGAAGAGAACUCGGAUGGCAUCAGUGGUCUAGUAUGCCUCCAUGCUGCUCUCUCCCAAGUUCAGAACCUUCGUGACGGGCGUGUGGGAACCCACGUAACCACCGAGUUCCUCAAUCUCGAGAGCAGAAUAUACUGGGCAGCCGUAUCAUGGGACACCGCGAACUCUUUAGUGUCCAACUUGAGGUCAUCUUUGACCUCCGGGCUGAAAGGAGCUUGCUUAGAGCCGGUAUGGAUUGUAGCCAGGGCCUUCCUCAAAAGCUCGUUCCAGCCCAAGAUUGAGAGGUGGCGGGCAGGGACGUUAGAACUCACUGAUGAAGAUGCUUGCCCAAUAUUUUCAGGUGCGGCAGUCGGAAUUUUGUACUUCUGCAAAACCAUCACAUCUCUCAAGGAAGCUGUGAGGGAGGGAGUGGAUGAGACAACCCUUCAACUCACUUGGAAAUCGCUACUUGAUGCCCUCGACAUAUGGGAGAACUCGAUUCAUCCGCUUCUCGAAACCUGUCAAAGACGCCUCAACUUAUUAGAUCCAAAGCACCGACUGCAUUGGUUCCAAUUGAGUCUUGAGUAUUGGCUAGGAGUAUUGAUUGUGGUCGAUACACUCGAAAACGCAUAUCGGUCGGACCUCGUGCGCCAAGUUACGAAAUUGAGGCAAGACGCGCAAUGUGAAAUUUUCAACGUCAUUCAGUACGGAUUGAAGACAGAUUACAUCUUGCCUCAAUUUUCAGAGGCAUGCGAUCUACAAUUAAACGGAGACGCUCGCCCAAAAGGCUGUCGAAAGGGACUACGACGGUCAUAG